CUAAAACACAGUUUGGCAUUGUCAAUUGUUGUUUCAUUAAAACUGCAAUAGCAGAAAAAAGUUUCAGUCAUCAUCUCUUAGACAUAUAUACUUGAAUAUUUAAUUUAUCAUCUUCUUGGUAUGGUUUUUAUGCAUGCUAGUGAAUAUGAAUAACUGAAGUCCGUUCGGAACAAAUUUUUUCGGUUCAAAAUGGGAAAUCAGAACACAUCAGGAAUAGUAGCCGAACAGAAAGUCUCGGAAAAAGAUGAUGAAGUCUGUUCACCGCAUGAUCAGCAAGAACAAAGCUGGAUAGCAAAUCAAGAAGAGGAUGAAAGAAGUGAUUUUCAAGAAAAGACAGAUUCAGAUUCUGACGAAGCUAACGAAAGUCUCGAAAAUCCGGCAUUUGGUAGUGAAAAGGCUUCUUUACCCAAAGUCCCGAACGAUGAGGCAAUUUUCGAGGAAAAAAUACUCAACAAUGAAAUACAAGAUCAAUCAUUCACUUUAGACGGGGACAUGCAAGAAAAAGACUCGAAUCCGAAGCCAAAAUGCACAUCAAAUGUCGACUAUUUGGACCCAUUACCUCAAGAAUCCACCGAUAUUAAUAAUACAUCCGAACCUCAAGAAGAUCAAACGACUAUGUCAAUAGUUGUAGUCGAAAAACACGAGCAUGAAAAUGACAAUGUCACAGCCGAUAUUGUCUCUGCUAAUGAAGAAUUAUCAGAAGUCGAGAGUAAAAAUGGAGAGAGGCGUGAAGUCGAAACCGAAACCGAUUCCUUUCCAUGUUUGGAGAACAAGUCUACAGAUAAAGAAAGUAUACUCAUUAACAAUACUAACAAUGUUGAUAAGAUUUGUACAGAAAACGAGCCAGUAAUAGAAGAUAAUGUGCCUAAGGUGCAAGAAAGUGCAAAAACAUUCGAUAAGUCGAGAAAGUGCCCGAGUUUUGAUUUCGGGCUCCCAUUUGAUGCCAGGUCAGACGAGUCUUCGGAUCAAACCCCAUUGCUUUUUCAAGACAUGAGUCGGAUUAGAAGCUUACCAAGCUCUUGCUCGACUCUGAAGUUCCAACACAGAAGUGUGAAAACAGAAUAUUUCGGCAACUCGUUGCAUUUUGAAAGUGCGGAGGUUGAAGAGAAGACGAUCAGAAUGGAAAGAAGCCAUUCGGACGGCUUAAAAAGGGAGUUAAUAACGCUAAACUCGAUGAGUAAACCGGAAAAUGCAGACGUUUUUGUUACGAAACCGAAAGGCGAGAGUUCGGUUCAUGAUGACGUGAUUUCAUCCAAAGGGCGCGAAAAACGGAAAGGGAGGCCUUCUAUUUUUACUUCUUGCAUCUGUUGCACAUACACAAACAUAUAAAGGUUAAUACUUUUUUCUUGAGCUUGUUUGCAAUUUUUUUUUUUUUUCUUUGUUCUGUUUUUAUGAAUUCCUUUUGUUUGUUUUGGUGAGGAGAAAAAAUGUUCACAAAUAGUGAAUUGACUGUUGGACAGUUUGGACUCAGUCAUCUGUUUGGGCUGAUUUGGUGUUAUUUUUUCCCUUUAUAUUGAGUUCUGGUUUGAAAAUUUCU